GUGUGUGUGUGUGUUUUUGAGGGGAUUGAGGGGUACGUAAAGGCGAAACAGAACAGUCCAUGGCGGCAGCGGAGGAGGAGGACGGGGGCCCCGAAGGGCCAAACCGCGAGCGGGGCGGGGCGGGCGCGACCUUCGAAUGUAAUAUAUGUCUGGAGACUGCUCGCGAAGCUGUGGUCAGUGUGUGUGGCCACCUGUACUGUUGGCCCUGUCUUCAUCAGGUGCGUACUCAGAGGAGAUGAAGAGGGAAAUGGGGAGGUCUGAGGAGUUCAAAGACCCUGCUGUAUACUGGAAACCACUUCAUUUUCUCCCCCAGUGGCUGGAGACACGGCCAGAGCGGCAAGAAUGCCCAGUGUGUAAAGCUGGGAUCAGCAGAGAAAAGGUUGUCCCUCUUUAUGGUCGAGGGAGCCAGAAGCCCCAGGACCCCAGAUUGAAAACUCCACCCCGCCCCCAGGGCCAGCGACCAGCUCCGGAGAGCAGAGGGGGAUUCCAGUCAUUUGGUGAUACCGGGGGCUUUCACUUCUCAUUUGGUGUUGGUGCUUUUCCCUUUGGCUUUUUCACCACCGUCUUCAACACCCAUGAUCCAUUGCGUCGGGGUACAGGUGUGGAUCUGGGACAGGGUCACUCGGCCUCCAGCUGGCAGGACUCCCUGUUCCUGUUUCUCGCCAUCUUCUUUUUUUUCUGGCUGCUCAGUAUUUGAGUUUUGUCUCCUUCCUACCCACCUCCGGCCAGAGGAGAAUCAGUAUUGGGGGUCCUUGCUGACCCUUCCUGACUCCUGGCCCCUCCUCCCCAACCACUCCAUUUGUACUGGCUGAGGCCAACCCUGGCCACUUUCUAGGAGGGUGCGGGGAGGAGGAGUGACAGAAUAUGGAAGAACCUUCUGCUCUGAACUCACUGAGUAGCAUCAUAACUCCCAGCUCUGGGACGGGAGGACAG